GUCAGUAUAGAAGAUUAACUUGUGAUAAAUGGUUGUUUAUAUUGAAUGUUAUACGUAGAUGGAACUAAAAUAGUAGAAAUGAUGAUUUUUUGAGAUUGUGGUUGGAAGUUUAAGUGGAUUACAAGUUAAUAUUAGUAUGGACUCUAAAAGGCAAAGUUACUACGAACGGGAAUACGGAAAGCCGCAAAGAAAGCAGCCUAAAGUAUUAAGUAAUUACGCGAAGUUCUUGAAGAACUUGCACACAGAGCAGAUAGCGAAGCUCCAUGCGAAGAACCAGCACGAGUGCGACCUGCUCGAGGACUUGCGCACCUACACCAUAAAGCGCUCCGCCAUCGAGAAGUCCUACUCCGAGGCUCUGCUAAAGAUAUCGUCGGCGUACCUCAACAAGAAGAUACCAAACAUCCCGGACAUCAAGACAGAUGGCGCCGAAGAGAAAUGGAACAUGUGGAACGUGUGGCGCACGGUGUUGGAGGAGAACGAGAAGCUUGCGCGUGCGCGGCUGGCUGCUGUCGAGGUCUUCCAGCAGCAGAUCGCCGACGAAGCCAAGUUUCUGCGGCAGCAUAAGCUCAAUGUCGCCAAGAAAUGCACGGACACACUAGCGCAAGCGCAUAAGGAGCUGCAACUGACCGUGCUGGACGUGGACAAGAACAAGAAGAUGUACUUCGACGAGGAGCACACGGCCCACGACGUGCGCGACAAAGCCAAGGACAUCGAGGAGAAACUGAAGAAGAAGAAAGGAUCCUUCUUCCAGUCGAUAACAUCGCUGCAGAAGAACAGCGCCAAAGUCUCGUCCAGGAGAGAUCAGCUGGAGGAGAAGUCCACGGGCGCCAGGAACGACUAUCUUCUCAGCAUUGCCGCUGCUAAUGCUCACCAGAACCGCUACUUCCUGGUGGAGCUCCAGUCCUGCAUGCAGAGCAUGGAGUCGUCGGUGUACGAGAAGGUGUCCGAGUUCCUGACGCUGAUGGGCCGCACGGAGCUGCUCACCUGCUCCGCCACGCAACACUCGUUCGGCAAGAUCCGCGACCAGGCCCAGCAGCUCACCCGCGAGUACAACUUACAAUGCCUGUACCUCUACUAUCCGGUUCUUAAGCAGCACAUUCAGUACGAGUACGAGCCGUGCGACAACGACCCGGUAGACACGGUGACGAUGGACCACGAGUCCGUGGUACAGACGCUAGCGCAGGAGGCUCGUCGCUGGGCCACGCGCGUCGUGCGCGAGACCGCUCUCGUGCGCGAUGCUACGCGCAAGAUCCAUCUGUAUCAGGCCAUGCGUGAUGCUGGGCAGAAGGUGGAUCCGAACGACCCGAACGGCCCGGAACUGGAGGUCCGCCUUGAUGAGCUGCGCGCCACCAUCCGUCGCUCGGAGACUUCCAAGGUGAAGUACGAGGCGCGCCUGGAGUGCCUGCGGAACAGCGGCGCUCCGGUGGACGAGUGGCUGAAAGAAGUAGACCUGCUCGCAGUGCAAGACACCCUGCCCCGCAGCAGCAGUCUACUCAGUGUGAGGACCGAUGCCUCUGGAGCCGCUGACCACCCGAGCUCGGACUCCUUCUACGACAGCGAUAACACAGACGGCGAAGCGGCCACCUCGGCCCCUCCGGCCACCACCUCCGGCCACCAGCGCACCACCUCCGGGUCACAGCAUGAGGAUGACCACGACGAGGAUGUCGAUGCUGUGUUGGAGGAGGAGCGCAUGCGCAUUGAGUCACUGACUGUGGGUUGGGAUGACCCUACUCAGGUGAACUGGGGUGAACCCGAAACUGAGGCCGUCAUCGAGGCCGAGCCGCCGGCCCCAUCUCUUUACAAAUGCACUGCGCUGUAUUCUUACACGGCUCAAAACCCGGAUGAGUUGUCGAUCAUUGAGAAUGAGCAGUUAGAGGUGGUCGGUGAAGGCGACGGAGACGGUUGGCUGCGCGCACGCAACUACCGCGGGGAGGAGGGCUACGUGCCCCACAACUACCUUGAUGUUGAUCGUGAGCAGGCUUCGAGUGCUCCGGGGCUGGUGAGCCAGAUAUCCUUCUCCUCUGUGGACUACACGGUGGAAGGCGAGGACGCCGACGUGGUCCAGUCACCCGACCAGAUCUCGGUGAUCUCAGCUCCGGUGACCAAGCCGGAGGAGAAGCCUGAGCCAGCAAAGGCCGAGGCUGCCAAACCAGAUCUGCCUACACUGGGCUACUGCUUCGCGCUCUACGAUUAUGAUGCCGAAGGCGAUGAUGAGCUCAACUUGGAAGAAGGACAGAUGAUUCGCAUCGUGUCCCGCAACGCCCACGGCGUUGACGACGGCUGGUGGCGCGGCGAGGCCAACGGGAUCACCGGAAACUUCCCCUCGCUGAUCGUGGAAGAAUGUGACGAGAACGGCGAGCCCCUGAGCACCGGGGAGACAGACUGGACGCCCCCGGGCUCCGCGCCGCCGGCGGCGUUCGCCUCGCCGCCGACCUCGCCGCCGGCUGACGGCGCUGACGAUGAGCUGAUCCUGGGCGAGAACAACAACACAAAGAGCGGCGCGCCUCCCGCGCUGCCGCCGCCGCCGCCGCCCCCAGAGUUCGCGGAGUUCGGCGAGUCCAUGGACAGCCAACCUGACUUCAGCUUUAACUUAGAGCUAAGUAGGAACCAGCAGGACCACUACGACAUGCAGUUCGCUCAGGGCUCCGAAGCCCCCGCCUCCGCGUCUCCCGCCGCCAUAGCAACCCCUGCCGUUGUUACUAUCGUUGUCGAUGAGGUUGUCGGUGAAAAUUUAGAGGACCAGGAGGAGGAGGAAGCGACACAGGCGCCGGCGCCCAAGCCGAGCAAGCCAGUGCCGCCCAAAGUUGAAUUGCCGGAGACUAGCGGGCUGGGCGUGGGCAUCGUGAUCACGGCCGCCACGCCCAUGGUAGAGGAGCCCGAGCAGCCGUUCCCGCCGCCGGAGCCGGAGGCGGAGUCAGAGCUGGCGGACGAGCCCGACAACGAAGACGAGGAGUCGUCGCUCUCGGAGCAGACGGCCGUGUGCCUGCGCGACGACGACGGCCACGCCGACGCGGCUCCGCACCCCGCCUCCAGCUCCACGGCCUCAGAGGGCGAAUCCACCGGGCCCCCCACCGCGCCGCAGUCGCCCCCCGCCGCCGUACGCGCCGGCCGCGCCUCCAUCCCCGACGAGCUCGAGCCCGCACAGCUAGCCAGGCUCACUGACCUCAAAGAGUCUAACGCUUAAGUCCCUGUAAUCUUGACGUCAUAUUCUCGCUAACUUACUACUGACGCACACCUGAUAUCUUUUGUGAGAAAGUUAUAUUUUCCCAUUGUCGACAUCAAUAAUACUAUCUUAAUAAUAUGAUGUGUACAUUCAAACAAAAGUAUUUUUUUCUAACUCCUCUACACAGACUGUGAAAAUCAAUAGAGGCAUGUCUGUACAAAGGAAGGAACUAACAAGAAGACAUAUAUUUGUUAAACCAGGUCUCAUUAUCUUAUACAAGAGGCACAAAACGUAUCACGUAUGCGCGGAUUCCCACUCUUUAACCUGUCACGGUCCAACUAUCCUAUCGUACUGGGAAUGUGGCUUUUAGUUCUAAGGGAUACUAGGCCUAAUUAACGGCGCUUCCCCUUCAAUUUCGAAGGUAGGACGACGGACGCCGGCGACUUUCAGUACUCCCACACAUCAAACUGACAAAUGUAUCUCCGUCAAGUAGUGGAGAGGUUACUGAAAGUCGUGUAAGGACCGUCUCUUGCAGAAUGGUUAUGAUUUAUUUGUAUUCACCUUCCCUGUCAAAUCUAUUUUUGUGAAGUAUUUUAUAAACCCGACCUUACGCUUCAUAUUUUUUCCUUUUAUAAAACUAUGUACGUUAAAUGUUAUAUUUCUAAACCAAGAUUCGAUCCUAUAAAUAUAUGCCCCAAUGUAUGACAGUGAGACGGUCCUCAUGUAGAUGUGUUGUAUAUAGUUAUACUAUUUACUAGUAAAUUACUGGGCACGAUUUAGUACCUACCUGCUGACUAGAAGGUAUGAUAGAAUGAUAUUGUACACUUGAGCUGUGUGUUGGCCAGAUUAAUUCUAGAUUAUUUUACAUCUGUGCGAGCUAAAUAUUAAGCAUUUGUUGUAUAGUUUAGUGUUUAAAUAAUACUUAAUAGUCACACACGAUAUACAAUAAAAAUACACUAUAAUAAUAACUUUAUACUCUUACUUCAUAUACCUACACAUUUUCACGGGAGUGUGUAAUAUAAACUCAUUCGACACUACUAUUAUUGUUUUAUUUAAAAAUCAUAUAUUUGUUUCUUCAUAUUGAUGUCAUUUCGAUUAAAAAUUAUUCUUGUGUCCUAAAUUGAUCUUAAAAAGUACUUACUGUAGUUUCAAACAACGAUGGCAAAACAUUUAAAAUGUGUUAUCGUAGAGAGUUAUAUUCAUUUAUUUUUUGUUACUCUAUGCAAAUGCGAAUACUCAAGCGAAUGUGUAUUGUAAUGCUCUGUGAAUUUUGGCCAACACAGAAGCGAAUAAGGCGUUGCUGAGUUCCCUCACUGAACCUUUAUACCUCUGGCUUCCUAUCGGAUCUUGUACCAGUGGAUAUAAAGCUGAGUGACGGAAAGUAGGAUUACGUAUACAGGGUGUUACUACCUUCUUCUUUUCACACAUCAACUGCCUAUAUCUCAAGUCCAUUUGUAACGAAAAUUUCUUAGAAAUACUUUACUUAUGUUAGCGCACUUCCAUAUUUAGGUCAAACAUGAUUUAUGGAUUAAUUGAGUACCUACCUAAGAAAUAAGUAAUAUUCCUCAAUCUGUCCUAUAUAAACAACUUUAUACAACUUUCUAGUUAUUAUACACUUCUGUUCUUUAUGUCACAUCAACUAUAUGAUGUGAUUGAACAAAUUAUGUUAUUAAGUGUUAAGUAUAACGAUUGCAUGCGCAUUUUAAACUACGUCUGUUUGGUAAACGUUGUGAAAUAAUAUUGCACAUUUAAAUAUCACAUACUUAGCCUCAGUAUUAUUAUCAUUAUUAGCUAUUACUUAGAGAAUUAAUUAUAUGUUCUGUGUUACCAUUAAUAUAUAGGAUACAUUAAUAGAUAAAUAUACUUUCUUUUAAAUGUUUAACACGUGUAAGUUUAAUAUAUUAUUGUUAUAUUAUACGUAUUAUAUAUGUUAAAAACAGAAUCGAGAUGCUAAUUCAUUUACCAGUAUGAAAGAAAUAGGUAUAUAAUAUGUUGUAGGGAUAAUGAAGGGACUUGGGAUAUGAGAUUUAAUGUUGUGACGUGGUUUAAAGUGAUAAAGCCUGAGAAAUACUGUAAAUUAAUCUCAGGCUUUCUAUUCGCUGCGAUAUUUACGAGUUUUUUUCAAGUAGACGAGUUGUUUGAGAUGGUCAUUUCGAACGUCGCUAAGAUUGGUAAUUGAGCUGGCAUCCCGCUGAUAAUACCUUUGGGCGUUGAGACAGAGCUCUGCUACUUACGGCAUAGUUUGGUGAUAUUACUACAUUGCUGCACGUAGGGAAUGAUUGAGAAAUAAAUCAACAGCUUGCGUUUAAAUUUAAAGAACUCGAUGAAAACUUUGGUAGUGGUUAGGAAACCUACUGCGGCCCAAAGGUAUCGCACGUAGUAGAUGAUUACUAUUAUAAUUCAUUAUUGUAUGGCUCAUUACUCAUGAAUAUUUGGCAAGAAGACUGUAGCACUCUGGAUAAUAUCACUGUAAUAAAAAAUUGCACAGAAUAAAAAUUGACUGUUACUAUUAAUUACAAACUCGAUGGUGAUUCAUGUAUCCGUUCACGCAUUAGCGACUGGCUCAGAGAAAGUGUUAUGUAAUAUCUUGUUAUGAAAAUGAAUGAGAAGGUGAGGAAGUAUUAGUUGUAAUAUUUUAGUAAUUACCCAUAAUAACACGCGUGAGGGUAUAACGUCGUAUCGCUGAAGGGAAUACCUAUGCUUUGAACAUUGUUGUUAUUCUUCAUCCGAGCAGGUCGCUCGUGGGUAAACAAUACGUGGAUUAGCAUCUUUGUUGUUUGUGAUACAUACAAUACUACUUAUAGCUAUAUCGUAUCUAAGUGUUGCUUUUCCUUUAGAUAAAUAAAAAUAUACCUGGAGGAUAUUAGAUCACGUUAGCCUUAACUGUGGCAUUGCGUAAAUAUGAUUGUCCGAUGUAUCAAAGUUCCAAGUCUCCAGUAAGUAAACGAAAAGUUGAGUUUAUCAUACACACUUUUACAUUUAUUUUAAAAUCGUAAUGUUUCUUAUAUGAAACAAGUACUAUUUAACUGGAAGCUUACAACGUGCGCGGUAACUAAUUGAACAUCUCGAAACUUCCACUCGCUCUAUUUAUUUUUACACUAGUAACAAAGUACGACUACCGAUGUCUCAUCCCAUUAGUAGUAAGUAUUAUGGAAACAUAUUAUUGUGUUAUAGUAAUUUCGAUCCUUCAUGUCGAUUAUAUAACUGAAGUUUGUAUGGAGCUCGAACUUACUGGAGACAGAAUAGGUAAUAACAUUCAGAUAUCAGGCUAAAGCAGAAAAGAAAGAGAGAACCAAAUUUUCCUUGGCAACAAAAGCGAUCUUUCGAACAGGAAUUGGGUUGGGAACAGUUUCCUACGUCAAAGAUAAAUUACUAAAUUCUGAUAACUAAAAAGAGAUCUGAA